CUGAGUCGCUGCUUGAGCAGGCGGGGCUGGUUGCUGUGCUUAUAAACCUCUGGUUGCUCUGGCUCUGCUGACUUUCAGAGAGAACAGUGACUUUGGUCUGUCGGCCUGUGAGAAAGUGAGGAGAAUCUUUUGGGCAUCAUGGACGAUGAGUUUGACCGCCGCAUGGAGCUGAGGAGGCAGAGGAGAGAGCAGAUGCGCCACGAGGCUGAUAAUGUGGGUUGCACCAACGAUGAUGAUGAGGAGGAAGCUCGGGAGCGAAGGAGACGUGCAAGGGAGGAGAGAAAGAAGAUGAGGGACACAGAUGAGCCUGGAACCACUGAUGUGAUUGACACUAACAGUGUGAUGGAAACCUCCAUCACAACCAGUGCCGAAGGUGCAGAUGAUGACCAGGUUUUGCUGGAGCGCCUGGCCAAAAGGGAGGAGCGCAGGCAGAAGAGAAUGAAGGAAGCCAUGGAGAGGCAGAAGGAGUUUGACCCCACCAUCACUGACACCAAUGGCACAGAUGGCACACUUGAGGAGUCCUCCAUAAGCAGCAGCAGACAGCAAAAUACAGAGGAAGAGGAGGAGAAACCAGCUCCAGGCGAGGUGGCAGGCACUGAUACAAACUCCUGGAGCAAAGAGGAAGAAGACAAGAAGGAAGAUGAGAAGGAGGAGACUGAGGAGAAGGCUGCAGCAACAGAAGUAGAGGUCGAGCAGCCCGAUUCAGGAAAGAAAGAUGCUGAAGAGGAAGCUUCCCCUGAUGUUGACAAGGAGGAAGAAGAAAGGAAGAGGAAAGAAGAAGAGGAAAGACAGAAAAAAGAAAUGGAAGAAAAGCUGAGGAUAGAAGAGGAGGAAAAGCAAAAAAGGGAAAUGGAGGAAAAGCGCAAGAAAGAGGAAGAAGAAAGGAAGCUAAAGGAGGAGGAGGAGGAAAGAAAGAAAAGGGAAGAGGAGGAAAAACAACAAAAGAAAGCAGAAGAGAGUCUGAGAAAAGAGGAAGAGGAAAAACAGAAAAAGGAGAUGGAAGAGAGACAGAAGAAAGAAGAAGAAAAACUAAAAAAGGAGUUGGAGGAAAAGAAGAAGAAGGAAGAGAUGGAAGGGAAGAAGAAAAAGGAGGAGGAAGAGAAGCAGAAGAAGAAAGAGCUGGAGGAGAAGAAGAAGAAAGAAGAGGAAGAGAGACGGAAAAAGGAGUUGGAAGAAAAGAAGAAAGAAGAGGAGGAAAAGCGGAAAAAGGAGGCUGAAGAGAAAAAGAAAAAAGAGGAAGAGGAUAAGCGCAAAAAGAGAGAGAUGGAAGAGAAGAAGAAGAAAGAGGAGGAAGAGAAGCCGAAGAGAUUUGGUUUUAAGGAAAAGAAUGAACCAGCCAAACAGAACGGAGCUCUCAUUGAGAACAGACUUAAGAAAACAGAGAAGACAUCAAGGGACAAUGCUCCCUCCACCAAGACAGAAGACAAAGAGCGACUGGAGGCUGAGCGUAAACUGCAGGAGCUGAAGCGCCGACGAAACGAUGCAGAAAGCGAGGAGUUUGAGAAGAUGAAGCAGAAGCAGCAGGACGCAGAGGCUGAGCUGGAGGAGCUGAAGAGGAAGAGAGAGGAGAGGAGGAAGAUCAUGGAGGAGGAGGAGAGGCAGAAGAAACAGGAGCUGGAGGAAAAGAAAGCCAGAGAACAGGAGGAGAGGAAGAGGAUGAGGGAGGAGAUAGAGAAGAGGAGGGCAGAGGCUGCAGAGAAGAAGAAACAGAAGGAGGAAGAGUCUACAAAACCUGUCUUUGCUGUCAGUCCCAAAGGCUCCUCAAAGAUCGGGGAGAAGGCAGAAUUCUUGAGCAAAUCAGCCCAGAAAAGCACUGCAGCCAGAGUGUCUCACACUCCAAUUGUCUCCAGGAUUGGAAACAGACUAGACCAGUACACUUCUGCCCUCCAGGGAAACAAAGAAGUCAAAUCCCCAAAGUCUCCGAUGGCAGAUAUUCCUACAGGAGGAACUCGCAGCAUCAAGAGCAUGUGGGAAAAGGGCAACGUCGGCAGCUCCUCUGAGAGUCCAGCUCCUGCCAACAAGGAUGUGGCUGGUAUCAAAGGAGGCGUGGCUGGACGUGUCAACAGUUGGAUGGCAAAGCCUGCAGACCCAGAGAAGACAGAGGCACCAGCACCUGCACCAGCAGCAGCAUCACCAGCAACAGCAAAGCCAGCGGAUGUGAAACCAGGUGACAUCGGUAACAAGCGUGGCAUGUGGGAAACCAAGAAGAGCUCUGCACCUGCCAAGUCUACCAAAUAGACAGGUGAAAGAGGUGGCAGUUGGAGGCAAGAGCAAGUUUGGUGCAGGCGUGAGACCCUAACCACUGACAUCCCCAUUUAAAUCAAGCCUUACCUGACCAAUCACAAGGCUCUGCUACUGUAUGUGCAUCAAUUUCCCUUCAACGUACCCAUAUUUCACAUAAAGUCUACACCAGAAUGAGGAACAGACAAGGGACCAGGAAAAGCGACAUCGGAGGAUUCCAGCAGUAUCUUUAUGAUUAACUUUUGCACCGUCCCCAAAUCCGAGAAUAUGUCAGACCUGGUGAGGGUUUUCAGGACAAAGUACCACAUGUUAAAUGCUUAAUAGCUAAUGGAUUGUGUAGUAUCCAUCGGUUUAAUCGAGAUUAGUCUUUACAAAUUUCAGAUGGCUGUCUGGAUGCUUAAAUGUUAUAUUGAUUUCAGGCCACACUGGCAUGUAAGUUCUUUUGUGAUACAGCUUAUACUCAAUAAUAAGCAUUUGUGAUUUAUUCUCAUACACUCUCACUGCUUUUAGGGAUGAUAGUCACUAUUUUAACUCCAUGUGAUAACAUAGGCUGUUUAAUGUCCAUCUCACAGCUUGUAUUUGAAUUAUUAGAGUAUACUGCCACUGAGCUGGAUGUUGGGUGAUUAGCCUGUACAUAAUUGAGUCAUUUCAUAAGUCAGCACCACAUUCUCUUUAUAAAGGGUUUAUAAAUACUAACUAAUGACUUUAUCAAUGAUGAAUAAGUCACUAAUGAGAGCAUGUUUUGGCUUACUAGUGUUGCGGCUCAAGCGUUGGCAAUGCCGGUCAGCCUGUUGGCCCACCUCUUUGGUCUAGACUGAAAUAUCUCAACAACGAUGGGAUGCAUUGCCAUGAAAUCCGGUACAGACAUUCAUGGUGCCCAGACAAUGAAGCCUACUGACUUUGAUGACUUUUCAUGUAGUGCCACCAGCAGCUCAAAGUUAUACAGUGGGUAGUUACAAAAUUUAUAAACCCCUUAUAAUGGGUGCCUUAUUAUAACGCGGUACCCAGAAGUCCACCACCUCAGGCUAGGUGAUGAUAUCAGUGGCACCACAGAUGUAAAAAAAGCCACAGUGUGCAAACGUUUCAGUGUGUCUGUCAACAACACCUGGGUUUGUUAGCUUUUCACAUCAUUAUGUACACACCAACAAAGUCUAUGAAUACUUGAGUAUCGAGUUGAGUGAGUAUCCACUGUAACAACUAUUCAGUGACCAAAUGCAAAACUAUUUAACAAGCAGGUAGUGGUCUUGCUUAUCUAUCAUCAGUUUACAUGCCACUAACUUUGCAGUUUGCAGUUUAUUUAUGCAGCAGCGAUAAAGGUUUAUAUGCACUCUGUUUGAACAAUGCCUGUAAUUAACUUUAGAUUGUACCCCGGUGUUCUUGUCAGUCAGCAGUGCACAUGAAUUCAACCCUGCAAAAAAAAUGUAUUGUGAGUCUUUCAGUAUUAUUGUGUUUGAUUGCUUUGUUUGAAUGUUUAGAGUUAUUGUUUGUUCUUGCUUCAGCAAUAAAAAAGAAAAAAAAAGAAAA